AUGCAGUUCACAAAAUUACUUUGCGGCAUAACAAAUAACGCAAAGACAAGCAUCGUACGAUACCUAUCGUGUAAUACUGCAGCCAUCGUGAAGGUGCACCGCAGUAUCUACGCCCGCCGGUAUCCGACCGUAAUGGUACUGCCGAAUGGUGCCACAAUCAACCUCAGUUAUCACGAGCCAAGAAGGAUAAUUAAGCUACCCCUUGAUCUGAGCUUGCUGUCGGAAGCGGAACGAAAGGCGCGUAUCGAAAAGCGCAAACCUAAGCAGAAGAUCCGUAUCGACGAUGAUGUGGAGGACACAUUUAAUGCUAACAAAUACUUGAAGUAUAUGAAAAAGUAA